AUGUCCUCUGUAAUCAUUUUCGGCCCGACAGGUCAAGUGGGAUCUAUCGCUGCCCAUGCGGCUGCAGAACAAGGUGCCAAGGUGUGGCUAGCGAUGAGAGACACCAGCAAGAAGAUUCCCAGCCUCGCAGAGGACUCAGGCGCCUUCCACCGAGUCCAAGCCGACCUCCAAAAGCCCGAAACCGUGCUCCAAGCCGUCCAGACUUCAGGCGCACGGCGCGCUUUCAUCUACCUCGUGCACGGCGCACCCGACCACAUGCGGGCCGCCAUUGAAGCGUUGAAAGCCGCGGGCAUCUCGUUCGUCGUCUUCCUGAGCAGCUUCACUAUCCCGACAAAGCACGAGUUGCGGGCCAUUCCCUCCUCGGAACUAAUCCCUCAUGCGCAUGCGCAGGUCGAAGCGAACCUGGACGACGUGUUUGGGCCGGACGGCUACGUCGCUGUGCGGCCCGGAUGCUUCGUCACGAACCUGCUGUCGGACAAGGCGGGCUUAGCCAGUGGGCGUGUGGUAUUGUACGGCGCCACGUUCCUGCAGGAUAACAUUGCGCCCGCGGACAUUGGCAGGGUGGCUGGUAGCAUACUCGUGUCUGGCCCGCGGAAUGGACAGAAGAAGGUGUAUCUCUAUGGCCCUGAGAUCCUGUCUAUAUACGACAGUACUGUGAGGAUUGGCAGGGUGCUGGGUAAGGAGUUGGAGAUCACGGCGCUGGGGCCCGAGGAGGGUUACAAGAGGUACAUUGGAUCGGGCAUGCCGGAACAUUUUGCAAAGUACAUGGUGGACGUACUGGGUACGAAGGGCAGGGAUAAGGGGGAUGGGGAGAUUUUCCCACACUAUGAGGAAGGAGUGAGGAAUGUUGAGCUUUAUACGGGAAGGCCGGCGACUAGUCUUGAAGACUGGGUGAGGGAGAAUAAAGCGAUCUUCAGUGCGUAG